CUUGUUGGUCCAAAAAAAUACAAAAUGAGUUUGGAAUCUAUAAAGUAUCAUAGAGGAAGUUUAGAAGUCCUAGACCAAUUAUUACUUCCAUUACAAACGACUUAUGUUAAAGUUACAGGUGUUGAAGAUGGAUGGAAAGUUAUAAAUAAAAUGCAAGUCAGGGGGGCACCUGCUAUAGCCAUAGUUGGUUGCUUAUCACUUGCGGUGGAGUUGCUUAAGGAUGAAACUUCUGAUAAAAAGAUUAUGCGGCAAGAGAUUGAGGGUAAAUUAAAUUACUUAGUAUCAGCUAGACCAACAGCUGUGAACAUCAAACUUGCAGCUGAGGAGCUCAUAAAUUUAGCUAACACUCUCAGCGCAGAUGAAAAUGUUUCAGCGGAAAGUUUUAAAGAGAGAUUCAUCAAAUGCAUUGAAAAAAUGCUUGUUAAAGAUAUAGAAGAUAAUAAAGCAAUAGGCGAGUUUGGUUGUGAAGCUAUACUAAAACAAUUGGAAGGUGACAGUCAAGUGAGAGUGCUCACCCAUUGCAACACCGGUUCCUUAGCGACUGCGGGCUAUGGUACUGCUUUAGGAGUCAUCAGAUCUCUGCAUAAAUCUAGUAGACUAGACCAUGUAUACUGUACAGAAACUCGUCCAUAUAAUCAAGGAGCGCGACUCACCGCAUAUGAAUUGGUACAUGAGAAAAUUCCAGCCACACUGAUUGUGGAUAGCAUGGUUGCUGCGCUGAUGAAUGCAAGAAAGAUAACAGCUGUAGUUGUGGGUGCCGAUAGGGUAGCAGCAAAUGGAGAUACUGCCAACAAAAUAGGUACCUAUCAAAUAGCAAUAAUCGCCAAACACUAUAAUGUGCCUUUCUAUGUUGCUGCACCAUUAACAUCUAUAGACAUGUCUUUAAAAUCUGGAGAUAGUAUUAAAAUAGAAGAACGACCAGAUAAAGAAAUGACGCAUAUUGGUGAUUUUAUAAUUGCCGCUCCAGGAAUAAAGUGUUGGAAUCCAUCAUUUGAUGUCACCCCGGCAACUUUGAUAACAGGAAUAAUAACUGAAAAAGGUGUUUAUGCACCAAACAAUCUGCAAGAAGUAUUACCUCCGUGAUAUAUUUACAUUUCGCAUGAUAACGCUCGAAUUAUUGUGAUUACUUAAUGAUAAGAAUAUAAUGUUCCACUAAUA